AUGACGGAUCUACCAGCGCACGCUUCUCCCAAACUCGAGCCACAAGCCGCUCCCUCUGACCGACCAGAAGAUCAAUCCGACAAUGUGAGCUCAACUAGUGGUACCGCAACUGGCGGGCAAACCCCAGCUCUCCCGGAGUCGCUCCUGUCACCGGCGUUCACCCCACCCGCCACGCCAGGUGGCACUUUAAACCUAGACACCAAUCCCACCAAAAGACUACAUCAGACCCAGGCGGCCAGUCUGCGACAUUUAGAAGACCCACCGAAGAAAGCUCCCAAACUCCUCCCUGAGCUCCCUCAUGUCGAAUGCAUUGUCCGCGCCCGCAUCCCAACGACCACCGGGGCAGAGAUGUUCCUACACCUUUACCAUAACGACCUAGAUAAUAAAGAGCACCUGGCAAUUGUCUUCGGAAACACUAUUCGCAGCCGGAGCUUGGAUCGUGCGCGGCCGGGCGAGACCGAGAUGGACCGCAUGAUCCGGGGUGCAUACGUGGGGAAAUUGCACCCGGGGCGGGUAAGCAGUCGGUUCGACGAUGAGAAGCCCUCGCCGUCUGAGACCCAGAAGAAGGUCGAGCCGCCGCUCGUGCGCAUUCACUCGGAGUGCUAUACGGGAGAGACGGCGUGGUCAGCGCGGUGCGAUUGCGGCGAACAAUUAGACGAGGCCGCGCGAUUGAUGUCGUUUCCCGUCGAGGACUUGUCGGCGGACGCACCACUAGAGGCGCAAUCCCUGAAGUCCGAUUCUGCUGGAGGCGUGAUUGUCUAUCUUCGGCAAGAGGGUCGAGGUAUCGGGCUCGGAGAGAAGCUGAAGGCGUACAAUCUUCAGGAUCUUGGGUCAGAUACGGUUGAGGCCAACCUUCUGCUACGACACCCUGCGGAUGCCAGAAGCUAUGGGCUGGCCACGGCCAUUCUGGUAGAUCUGGGCUGCGGUGCCGACAUGAACCCUGAUGGAAUCCGGCUGCUUACCAACAACCCAGACAAAGUGCGGGCUAUUGAGGGGCCGAACCGUGAAGUCAUGGUAAAGGAAAGGGUACCGAUGAUUCCACUAGCAUGGAGGACUCACGGUGAACGAGGAAUUAAGAGCUCGGAGAUCGAAGGCUACUUGCAAACCAAGAUCUCCAAGAUGGGCCACAUGAUUCAAUAA